CCACCGCCAUGGCCUCCGCCGCGAAAUCCAUCAUCCAGACACUAAGGCGCUACAUCAAGAAGCCGUGGGAGAUCACCGGCCCAUGCGCCGACCCCGAGUACAAGCCCGCCCUCCCCAAAGCCACCGAGUACCACGUCUUCUGCCCCGCCACCGCUCCCGCCAAGGCACUGAUCCCCAACUCCGACCCCGACACGGUGUACCACAUCGAGUACUACUCCCGCGACCAGCGCCGCAGCCGCCCUCCUGUCUGCCGCACGGUGUUGAGGAAGGCCGACGUGGAGAGGAUGAUAAGGGAGAAGAGUUUCGAUGCCGAUGAUUUUCCGAGGCCGUAUUUGACAGCGAAAGUUGAGGAGGAUGAUAAUGCCGUCGGCGGAGGGUACCAGAAAUAGUAAGGGUUUCGGGCUGCAAAGUAGCAGGCUAGCUGUUUUGGCCACCGAUAAAAUCUAGUCGAUGAUGUUUCAACUUGUCACCCAGCUAGCUGCAAUGCAACGGGAGGCUUUUGUGUGUUGUGUCGUAGUUUUCUUCUGUACCCAAUGCCUGCAAUGUUUGCAUUGUUUUAGCGUUUGUUGUUUAUAAAGAAAGAAAUGUUCGGAUGCAUCUAAAUGCAACAAGUGAAA